AAUUUCACAUCUGCGGUUGUUUUUGCAUAUUAUGUCAACUGCCGGCAUGUGUGUAGUUGAACAUGAGCGUCAAUAGUCGGUACACGGACACGGGGAGAGCGCGAGAAAUGGCGGCGACCUCGAGUCACCCUUACCAGCACCGCGGGGGAGCGCCGCCCGUGUCUACAGAGCGAGACGGAGACCCGUACUACGAGGAUAGCACAAGCAGCAGCGACGAAGAUCUAGAGAUGGCGGGCUCCGAGGCGGACACGAGAAGGUUGCUGGACCAGAGAAACGAGGCCGGCUACCCAGCUACCCUCUCUGCGACGUCUGCAAGUCUGUACCCGCAGCUAGCAGCUCAAGGGGUCGACUACCACGGUCAGCCUCUCGUCCCGGGCCUUCCUGGAAACGUCGCCGGCCACCAUAACGCCCAGUACGGCUCCGUAAGCAGUUCCCUACCGUCACAGGGGCGCAAUAAGACGAAGCGGAAACGCUACCGUCUCCCGUUCCUGAUUCUUCUCUUUUUCGACUGUGGACUGGUGAUAUUUCUGUCGAUCAUCUCUUAUGAUUCAAAGAAGAGUAAAAUGGAUGAUCCCAUUCCUCAGCUUGCCUAUUUCAGCAUGGACCUCAAAAGCAACUACUUCGAUUUAGUCUUGCUGGCUAUACUUCGACUGGUGCUGAAUUCUCUACUAUACCUGCUGAUGGGCUGGGUUACGAGAGCCAUAAUGGGGGCAACGACAAUAGCAUCUGCCAUUUACGUGCCGCUGAAAGCUUACUAUUGUUGGCCUCUGACUAGCUCAGAAGAUGGCGAUUUUCAAGAUAUUCCGAUUUUGCUUAUUCUCUUCGUUUCCUUUGUAAUGCCUUGGGCUGAAGCUUUCUUUUUUGAGUUCAAGUAUCUGCCAGCUGAGCUCGGUAGACUCAGCACAGUAAGCUGGAAAAGGUGGGAGUUUUGGCUGUGGCCUAGAGCAUUGGUCAGACCCGACAUCAGCGACCCACCAUCUCUGCCCGACGUGACAGCUCAACAGCAGCAAGUACACAGACUCUACGCACCCUCAACUGUCUCACUUGAUUUCAGAACACCAAUGGGAUCCAACAGAAAUUCUCCAAUCCCAAACCACAUGAUCCACGGGGACCGCUCAUACCGUACCGGCCCUGAUGAGGAACUCCCUCCAAUAUCGGAAGAGGCCACACCCUCUCCAAUUAUUAGACGGACCUUGUCGGUGGAAGUCAGUAAAUUUUCUGUAUACUAAGCAGUAAACCAUUCAGUAAUCUAUCCUGUAGUUUAGUUUGAGGGUGAGUGCAAUAUCACUCAGUAAACCAAUCUUAGUAAUCUAGCUGUAUACUACUCAGUAUACUAAUCAGUACUCAGUAAACUAUGUCAUGUGAUUGUCAUGUGACAGGACCGGCGGUACAAGGAGGAGGGGGAGCAAGUGUUGCAACAGAUGCUCGAGUUCACUUCCAGCAACGACUCUUGGAAAUUUGAGCGGACAGCGGUAAAUCACGUAAAAUGUUCAACAAAUUUUUAAGUGUUGCCCAUUAAAAUUUUCCGAAGGAGAAAAAUUGUGAUGCUUUUCUCUUAUUUACGUAGGACGGGGUGACAUUUCGUAGUAGAACAUGGCAAGGAAAAAAGAUCUGGAAAGCUGAGAAAGAGAUGGAAUUGGGAGCGGGGCAGCUCUGGAACAUUCUGUAUCCCGGAAACGAGAUGCCUCUAUGGAACCCUCAGUGCACAUUGAAUGAGUCGGUGUACAAGGUUGACGAGGAGACAGACGUGGUGUACUCUGUGACGAGUGCAGUAGGACCUGUUUCUUCGAGAGAUUUCGUCUCUCUGAGACAGAUCUUGAGGAGGGACGAUUUCUUUAUAUCUGCCAGUGUCGCUACCACCUUCAGCCAGAAACCUGCGCAACCAGGGAAAGUCAGAGGUGAGAACGGGCCCUGUGGCUAUAAGGUGGUACACAUCGACGACAACAGAUGUCUGUACAUCUGGGUUCUCAACACUGACCUAAAGGGAUGGUUGCCACAGUCGAUCAUCGAUCAGACGUUCUGCGGUGUCAUCACCGGAACCUUCAAGAAACUCCGACAGUUCAUAGAACAAAGACGCUCCGAGGGGAGACUCUAAUUAGAGCACACCCCACUGUUAGGCAGAUCCAUCACCAUGGUAACCAUGUUGUAUUUGUGUUUUAUCUAGUGUGUGUAUAUAGUUCUUUUUUGCACUUUCUUAUUAUAAUCCACACAAGUUUAUUAUUAUUAUGUGUAUAAUUAUUGCAAUAGGCUCAUAUUUAUUAAUAAUAGCUAAUCAAAAUUAAUUGAAACUGCAGUCGUCUCUCCUUGAUGUAUAGCUCCACCUCUGCUGAGCAGCGUG